AAUGAUUCAUAAAAUACUUGAAAUUCGCGAGAAGGCUGAAGCAUUGCAAUUAUUCUGAUUAUUUUGCGAUUGUUUCAUUUGCGUACUGUCGUUUGUAAUUCGUACACAGUUGAUGUGAGAUAAAGAAUGCUUUGUUAACCGUGUGCUACUUCGGUCAAACACACGAAAUUGUUUCAGUGAAUUACUUGUGAUACCUUUCUUUUGGUUAAUUAAUUGCCUAACUAGUUAAGUAAUGUAGUCUGGGGCUGUUUUGUUUCUGCUCGGGCUCUGAUUCAACUCAUGAAAUCAUCUCAUUGAAGGUGCUUGGUUUCAAGUUUAUGUACGUAAUUACCCGUAAUAGUAGUAUGCCAGACUCCGCCGGACCUUCGGGGAAUUUCCUUCAUAAACCAGUUCGAGGAUGGCUGCAUCCCGAUCAAAAAAUUAUGAAGAAGGGCGUCACUUAUGCUGUCCGAUAUAUUGGAUGUUUGGAUGUAAACACAUCGAUGAAGAGUUUAGAUUUUGAUUCUAGAUUUCAAAUAGCCAAGGAAUGUAUUAAUCGAGUCUGCGAAGCAGCCUGUUUGAAAACAGUCGACCGCAAACGAAAGAUCGAUAAACGAGUAUCGAAAGCCAUAGGCGAUCGUCCAAACAUGCUGCACGCCGGAUCGAACGUAAAUUUAUCAAUUUCCAGCUCCUGCUUGGCGUUGAAAUUACUCGAUAACGAUACGACUAUCGCGAUGCACGAUAUGCCCAGUAUCUCGUUCGCUUCAGGGGGCGAUGCCGAUACGUUAGAUUUCGUCGCGUAUGUGGCCAAAGAUGCGAACGGUUGGAGAGCUUGUUUUGUGCUAGAAUGCGGAGGUGGAUUGGCCCAAGAUGUGAUCACUACAAUAGGUCAAGCUUUCGAUUUACGAUUCAAACAGUUCUUACAUAGACCUUUGAUUGAACCGAUGACCAGAGAUGAACGAGAUCGAGAAUAUUAUAACGAUAUGCCGGGUAAAGUACCACCGGAUGUGGGCCCACCCCCAGUACCUCCUUUACCGAAUAUAAAUCGUAAUAUUUCUCCGGAACCUCGAGAACGAUUACCAUCGACCAAUUUAAUAGAUCUUAAUUGCGAAGUAGUCGCGCCGCCUCUGUCCCAGUCACGGAUCCACGAAUAUAUAAACGAUAUAGUUCUGAACGAUCCUAAAACCAGCCAGCCGAGAGAUGUUUUUGAUAUGCAACCGUUCAUCAGUAACGAUAUGAUGAAUAGUAAUUCGAGACUGCAUGAAGAAAUAUGGUUUCAUGGAAGCAUUAGCAGGCAGCAGGCCGAAGCUCUGUUGAAACAAGAUGGUGAUUUCUUAGUCCGAGAAUCUCAAGGAUCUCCUGGCCAAUACGUUUUAACCGGUAUCCAAGGCGGUAUUAAAAAGCAUCUUUUAUUAAUCGAUCCGGAAGGAGUGGUGCGUACGAAAGAUCGUAUGUUCGAAAGCGUCAGCCAUCUUAUUAAUUACCACUGUCAAAACAAACUACCAAUUAUAUCAGCCGAAAGCGCGCUCAUAUUGUGUAAUCCGAUCCACCGGAAAUGAUGCAGUCGGUCGUGGUGGGAUUUACGCUCAUGUAAGGCUACUUGAUCGGAUCGGAUCGAAUCAAAACUUAACAGAGCAAUCGGAUAAUUGCAAAUUAAUCAGGUUCAUCGGUGAUACUGACGUGUUUUUUUCGGUUCUGUUAACGGAACGGCCAUUAUUUUCGUUACUUUGAUAUUUGAAGUGAUUUUUUUGUGUAGUGGUUAGAAUUUUUUUCAAAUCAUUGAGAAUGGUUUUUUACUUUUAUAAGAAAAUGUUUAGCGUUCAAGUUGAAGCCAACGUAUUGAAUUUUUAUUUUUUUCAUGAAAGGUUAUUUGGUAGUUGUUAUUAUAGGUUUAAUGUAAUAUGGCGGCUGGUCCGCUACUCUACGACACAUUCCUAGAGAAAUCUUUUCCCCUGCCUGUUCAGCUAGUUUUUCUAAUGUUUAAAGCCCUGUGUGGAUUUUUCAAUUUUUUACAUCGAAGGAGCAUUCUUUAAACAGCUUUUUUUCUGAAUAAGUACAUAUUUAGCUGCGUACUUGUACGCUUCGAUUAAUUCUUAAUAUGCUGCAAAAUGCAAAUAAAUCGUGGUUUGAUGUCAUUGAACAUAUCUAAAUCUAUGUGUGUAAAUUACCCUGAUUUUUUUCGUCUCCCUUUCUUUUAUUGAAUAAUUUGUCUUAUUUACAAACACGCGUUUCUAGUCAAUGUAUUUUAACGCUUAUUCGAACAUUCUGUGUGAGCUGUGUGAUUUAUGCGUAGGAUAUAAAAACGUAUAACAAUUUGUUUAUGCCUUUUAAUAACGGUGCCGUCAACGAAUUCGCACGCUAAACUACAGUGCAUUUAUUACGAAACUGUCGGGUUUCUCUCUAGCAUACUCAAUUCUAUCGACGAGUCGAAAGUUUAAUUCAAUAGGACUGAUUUGCCCUUUUUAUUUUUUCUAAUGUGGUGUCUACGUUAUGUUAUUUUCUUGUUCUCUUUUACGACUUUCUAUUUCAUGUUGAGGUAUACCUAGACCUACCUACCAAACGUUUAGAGAAGAGUUAUCAUCCCCAUAUUUAAUGUAGGAAGUUAUUUGUUAUGUAUAUGGUUCGGUAUGUGGUUCGUUUAAGUUGUCAACUAUUCUUUGAGAAUCAUGUGUACCUACCUAUUGUUUUCAAUGUUACUUAAUAUUACAUAUUAUAUGUAGUAAUGUAAUUAAUACCCCAGUACCCAUUUUCUAGCGCCAUAUAAUAAAUUUUUUAAAUGUCUAAUUUGUGCCCUGUAUUCAUUUGAAAAAAUAAAUUUUAUACUUCUCUCCACUAA